AUGCACCGACCUGAAGUUUCCUUUCGAUCGCUAACCAUACUUGUUCUGGUGUUGAUGAACUGGCCCAGCACAUCCAUUUGCUCCGUCCAAUCCACCCUAAUCACCGGCGUCGAGAUCCGCAAUGCCACCAUUGCAGACGCAUCACGCAUCACCAACAUUGUCCAAGAAGCCUUCCAUGACUCACCAGAAACCCAGUAUGUCUACCAAUUCAUGGACCAACAUCCCCAUGACUAUUUCAGUUGUGUCUUUGGCCAGGUGAAAUCGGUGCUACACGACCCCACCAUGAUGGUCCAAAUUGCCCUUUUGCCGGACAACGAUGCUCCUCAUCACUUGGUUCCUGCAGGAGUGGCUUUCUGGGAGUUCCCGAAUGCCUGGUCUCAUGCUCCAACAUCAUCAUCUCUCAAAAUGCUUAAUGGACUUUUCUUGCCCUCGUUGACGGAUGUCAACACCCUAGAAGUGCCUGAAGCUUGUUUAGCAAUUCUCAACCUCACCCGUCUCAUUGAUUUUGACCAUCAGCUCACCACUGCAAAGCGUCAAUACCUCGACCAGCCGUACCCUCCGUCCCACCAAUUCUACCUUGACACCCUUGGCACCCUUCCUGACUAUCAAAGACGAGGAGCUGGCGGCGCCUUAGUGAGAUCCGGUGUCGAUUUCGCCAAAGAGACCAUGGGCCAAGAUGAUAACGUGACGGCAACCCUGAUAGCCACCCCAGCCGGAGAGCCGCUAUAUCUACAUUUGGGCUGGGACAGUCUAAAAAACUUCACAGUCACGAGUCUGGACAGGGUGGAUGGUGGCGGUAAGGAGGAGUGGGUUUUUGAUGUCAUGAAGUAUGACCUCGAAUACGUUCCACAGCCUCGCUAG